AUGGAUGAGGAGGUUAUUAAAGAGCAAGAAGAUGGCUUAAGAGGUGACAUAUUAGAUUUAAAAGCUCAGAUUGAGGAAAACGAAUUGGUUCACGGAAUUCCGUCCAAAGGAAUGGGUUCAGUUUAUGUACCAAAGGACCCGGAACACUUUAGUCGUGAACGAAAAUGUGCUUUACACAAGACUAUGCAGGUUCUUGAGCCUCAGUCUAUUUUUCUUCAGGCGGACCUCAUGGUUGAGGAAUUAGAUGCCUCGUCAAGGCGUGAGUAUACGGAGAAAUCAAUACCCAUUCUUCUGCAUCAAUUUUUUAUAGACAGGAUGCACCAAAUGGUGAUUCUUAAGCACUAUCAUCUUUUGAGGUGGAAGCGCUAUUGUUUCUCAACUUCAGCAACUGAAUCCAUAUGCUCAGAGUACCUUAAUAAAUUACAACAACUUACAAACGAAUAUCUAGAUGCCAGUUCUAGGGCACGCAGGCUCGCCUCGACUACAGAGGGGUUGUUGGCCGGUUCAGAUUGUGAUAUUGAGGAUGUAACGGAAUAUUACUUAGCGCGUAAUAAUAGUUUGACAGCCCAUUCAAUACAUUCGUCUUAUCACGUCAGAGAUAACUCUCUCGUUCCUCCAUACUCAAGUCCUCAUUGGGUACCUUAUGGAUCAACGGUUAUUGAGCCUCAGUUUGUACGCCUAACUUCCGAUGUAAAAAGUAGUCAAGGAGGUAUUUUCAAUAUAAAACCUUUAUUUGCUCGUGAUUGGGAGGUGGUUAUUUUGUUCCAUGUUCAUAGUCCCAAAACUCUGGUUGGUGAUGGAUUUGCUUUCUGGUAUACUCAACAUCCUCCUUCAAGUGGACCAGCAUUCGGUAGUAGAGAUAAGUUCCGUGGGUUAGCCGUUUUCUUUGAUACUUACGCUAAUCAAAAUGGUGAGCAUAGUCAUGAGCAUCCUUAUGUCAGUGCAAUGAUUAACGAUGGAUCUAAAAGCUAUGAUCAUGAUAAGGAUGGAACUUUAACUGAACUAUCUGGUUGUUCAUCUAAUUUUCGUAAUAAUGACUACUCAAUGGCCACAAUUCGUUACGCUAAUAAUCAGUUGAAGGUUUCUUUAAAAUAUCAAGGUGCUGCAGAUCCUGUAGAUUGUUUCACAGUUGACGGAGUACGUUUACCUACUGGCUAUUUUAUUGGAGUUUCAGCCGCCACUGGUGACCUAUCAGAUAAUCACGACAUAUACUCUAUUCAUACAUAUGAACUGGAUGUUGGUCGAAAAGACGAUCCGUUCGCUGACUUUUCUAAAAUUGAACCAUCAGCUGAUCAGGAGGCUGCACCAAGAGCUCGAGUUGAUGAUACUCCACCAUCGAGAUUUAGCCGCGUAAUCACAUUAUUUUCUUGGUUAUUCGUAUUUGGACUUAUUAGUGGCGGUGGAUAUAUGGGCUAUAAAUACUACAAGAAGCGUCAGAGGCAAAUGAAGCGAUUCUAUUAG